AUGAAAUUAAUAGAAUAUUGUUUUAAAUCAAAAAAUACAGGAAAUAAAUUUAUAAAAGAAUUGACAAAAGAGUUAAGAACAGUUCAUGUAAAUUAUUUUAUAAAAAACAGAUCAUUUGAAGAAUUAAAAAUAUUUAUAUUGACAAAACUAGAAAAAAUCAUAUCUGAAUAUUCAAUAGAAUGUGUAGUAAUAGAGAACAUAGAUAGUUAUUUGUACACAGAAGAAAAUUUAGAGAGUAAAAGAAGUGAUAUAAAUUUAAUAGUAAAGAAACUUAAAAAUAUUAUAAAUAAGUAUCAAACAGAAGCAAUAGUAAGUACACUUUAUAUCAAAGGAUAUGAAAUAGAAGGUAUUUUCAUAAAUAGAUAUUUAGGUUAUAAAUGGUGUUAUUUGAGAAAUGAAUUUUAUUUGAAAUAA